CAACUCGCGAAUCUGUGACCUUCCGCGUAGUUUCUUCUCUGCACAACUUAUCCCUUUUCCCUUCAAACCUGUCACUCAAAACUGCUCCUCGACGCAGGGCGCACAGAGGAAUCAUGGCAGCCGAAUCCCGCACCGGUAGGCUCCAAGGUAAUGGGUGCCAAGGAUAGCUUUAUCAGGCCACUGAAGGAAGCCAUCUUCUUGACUUGGUAGAUCUCUUGAUAGUUCAUGUGUGUAGUAUAAGUAUUCAAGGGUGAGUUAGGGCUGCAAGAUACUAUACCGAGGGAAAAGAUUAAGUGUUGAAAGUGUUUUGCAAGAUGGAUGAAGUUCAGGGAGUUAGAUAUUGGUGCCACAGCUGUGAGGAGGUGAUUGAUUUUCCUAUGCCGGAGAUGAAGUGUCCUAAUUGUGAGGAAGGAUUUGUCGAGGAAAUGGACUCUGAAGGCUUCGAACCAGCGAUGAACUCGAGGUCGGAUCGACUCUCGCUUUUGGCUCCACUGCUGCUUGGGAUGUUGGGGGGCUCGUCACGGCGAUCAAGACUCAGGAGGGUGAUCAUGGAUGAGGACGACGACGACGACGAUUCAGACCAUGAGCGUGAGCGUGAAGAUUCCAGUAGAAGGCGAAGGAGGAGGGGCACAUCGGUGUUUGAUAGGCUGCUCCAAACUCUCCGUGAUGACAUAAGGGGCUUGGAUGACAUUGACAGUGAUACAGAGAGAGACAUGGAGGGACAAAGAAGGGAGAGUGAGCGGGAGCGACAGAGGGAGUGGGAGAGGCAGCUGGAGAGUCGGAGGGAUAGGGAGAGGGAAAGGGAGAGGCAGAGGGAUGGAGGGAGAGAGAGGACAGAGAGCCUUAUUCUGAUCAACUCUAACAAUGAGGCUAUUAUUCUCCAAGGAACAUUUGGACCUGAUGACAACCAAGAGGACCCUAGCAUCACAAGUUCUGGUGUGUCACUUGGGGAUUACUUUCUUGGUUCUGGCUUGGAUCUUCUCUUGCAGCGUUUGGCAGAGAGUGACCUCAAUCGUUCUGGCACACCACCUGCCAAGAAGGAAGCAGUAGCUGCAUUGCCAACCGUGAACAUCCAGGAAGUGUUGGGCUGUUCAGUCUGUCUUGAGGAUUUUGUAAUGGGUAAAGAAGCAAAGGAGAUGCCCUGUCAGCAUAAGUUCCACUCUCAUUGCAUCCUUCCAUGGCUGGAGCUCCACAGUUCUUGCCCAGUCUGUCGAUAUCAGUUGCCUACUGAGGAAUCGAAAAACCCAUGUGAAUCAGCAAGAACUGCUGGGUUUGUGAACAGUGACGGGGACAGUGCUGCUGCAAGCAGUAGUGAUACAUAAAGUACUAACCGUAAUGGAGGCAACCAUUCUGGUAGUCCUAUCUUCUCUGCUUUGAGCGCAUUCUCAGAUCCAUCCUCAUCCUCAUCUGAUGAAAAUGCUCCACACUCUUCUGAGAGCUGAAGUAGUUUCAUCUACAUUGCAGACAGCAUGGGGCGCUGGGUUGCCAUAGGGCGAAGGUGUUUUGAAAUGUGAUUCCUGAGAGGCUGGCAUCUUUAUCUUGUGGUUUCUGUACAUACCUUUGAAUUGCCCCCCCCCCCCCCCCCGGAAGACAAGCUAUUCUCUUCGCUUUUCUGAAAACUAUGUGGCUUGUAACCUGUUAGUGCUUGUUAUGUCUACUUGUCUGAAAUAAAAGUUAGCCUCUAGCAUGUUUACGGAAGACUUCAACAUGCAUCAGUGGAUCGCCAAUUUAGUUGAAAUUUUGACCAAUGCAAGGGUAAUAUCCUCCACUAGUUGUUUGGCAUAUGCAAACAAUGACAAGCCUUAUGUUUUUACUGUGAGAAUCCUCUUACAAGACAGCUGGAUAAUUUCUGUGAAGGGAAAUACCUUUUACCGAUCCUCACGCUCCAUUACUUUCUGGAGUUGAUGGAAAAUUGCAGGUAUUGCAUAAUUUGAUCCUGAAUCUCGCACCUGAGGAUAAUCUGGUAUCUUGUACUUGGGUUUAUCUGUUCCUUUUGCUCUGUCAUUCUCAUUCCUUCAUGAAAUUUUGAAACAACAUGGAAGUGAUUUGUCUGUUGCAGCUGGGUCCAAAUGUCUUCGUGUUCUAUUUUGAUCAAAGGAGGUCAAAAGGCAGAACAGCAUGUGCCGGUCAGGUGAUGUCAAGAUAAUAGGAACAGCAUGUUUUUGAGUUGGAACUACCUCCCCGAGCAAGAUCCCCGCUUGCUGCUUAUUUUCAUGUUGUGAUUAUGUGUUAAUUGUAGGCCGUUCAUCUUUAUCUUCAUCCUGUUGAUUGUUCUACUCAGACCUUGGAAGGUUUGAAUGCUUGAUUAAGUGCAAUUUCGAGGCA